AUGGCCGAGGAUAUCGAAGAGAUUUUGGCCGAAAUCGAUGGCUCCCAGAUUGAGGAAUACCAGAAGUUCUUCGAUUUGUUCGACCGCGGAAAGCAGGGCUACAUCAUGGCCACCCAACUCGGCCAGAUCAUGAACUCGAUGGAGCAGGAUUUCGAUGAGAAGACCCUCCGAAAACUGAUCCGAAAAUUCGACGCCGACGGCUCGGGCAAGAUCGAAUUCGACGAGUUCUGCGCCCUUGUGUACACUGUGGCGAACACCGUCGACAAGGAGACGUUAGAGAAGGAGUUGCGGGAGGCCUUCCGGCUUUUCGACAAAGAAGGCAACGGUUACAUCUCCCGACCCACCCUGAAGGCCCUCCUGAAGGAGAUCGCCGACGACCUCUCCGACGAACAACUCGAGGCGGCCGUCGACGAGAUCGACGAGGACGGCUCGGGAAAGAUCGAGUUUGAGGAAUUCUGGGAGCUGAUGGCCGGCGAAUCCGAC